AUGGCACACCGCCGCCUCCAGCAGGAACACGCGCUGCAGAACCAGCCACCCAUCUUCUCGCCUUCCGUUGCCCGCGCCGCAGCAUCCACCGCCAAGGACUGGGCCUACGUCGACUCGUGGCUCAAACAGAAAUACAGCACCACUGCUGUGCCCCCGUUCGAGCGCAACGCAGAGACCUUGCGCAUGCUCCUGGCCCUCGUAGCUGCCAAUGAGGCCGCAGACGAGGACCGUGACCAGCUCGCGCGCGCAGAGGAAGCUGCGCUCCAGGAAGUCCGCUCUGCAACAGCAGCCAAAGAGACUGUCGUCGAAGACUUGCUGUGCGCCAUCGAGGACAAUCUCACCAAGGAAGGCCGGGCAGCCCUCGACUCCAUGGCCGGCAUGGCUGUUGAGCUCGGCGUCGCGGCUGGCAGCGACCAUCCGAAUACAGAGUCGGGCAUCACGCCGGAGCUCCUGGCUGCCCGGUUCAUUGAGCUCCAGGCGUCAGCUGUCGAGGUCGAUCGUGCGACAGCCCGGGUCGAGGUGCUGCACGAGUACGUCAGGCACGAGACUGCGCGGCUUGCGGAGCUUAUGGGCUCAAUGCAUGGGCAGCACGUUACUGGCAGCGCGGAUGAGAAUGAAACCAAUGUGUAUGCACUAGAUCCAGAAAUGGCCAGACUAAACACCGAUACGCACAUCAAGAUCACGAAGAUGGAAGGGCAGCUACCCCAGCUCGAGCAGCAGGUCACGGCGCUCAACAAGAUGUCUCAGAUGCCUACAGUCACUGUGGACGAGGUCAAGGAAGACGAGGAUGAGUACCUGCGUGUCCUAGCGCGCAAGAAGGAUCUCGAUGCCCAGCUCAAGGCCUUUGCUGGACUGCCACCAGAUGUCGACGCUGCGCGUGCAGAGUUGGAGAACUUACGCAAUGAGCUCAGAAGUUUGACGGACCGGAGAGAUAACAACUUUGAGAGACUUGUGGAAAGAGAAAGUCCUGCAAAGCCGAGGCGGCGCAUGCCAUGA